AUGCGGCUCGAAGAAGCUACAUACCGGCGGAUCACGCGCGAAAAGGUGGUGGUAAGGGGCAACACCACCAUCCGGACGCUGGAUUCAACAGUUUCCUUUCUGCCCAUCGUCGAAUCCGCUGGGAACUCUGCCCCGUCCACGUCCGGCUUCCAGCAUAUGGCCCGCAUGAUGGACACAUUGAUCCUGGAUAAUUUGGCACCGUUCGCGUUCACGAAAAUCACAACCACGCACCGCCCGACCCGGAUCAGUGGUGGGGCGGGCAGCGGAGGAGGUAGCGGCAGCGGUAGUGGUAGCGGUGGUGGAGGCGGAGGGAAUGGGAGUGGCGGCGGAGUGGGAAGUGGUGGCAGCGGCGCUAUCAAAGAGGCACACUAACUUGGCCUGUAUUUUCCAUCCUGACACAUUGCAGAGGUUCACCCCAACCCACGGCAUGCGAACCUGGCCGCGAACGCAUCCUCACCCCCGACGGCGACGGAUUCUCGCUGGAUCUCCUCACUCCGACGGCGCGAUCCGGAGCUUCAACCGACACUGCCCUCGAUCAAUCACUCCAAUCACCAUAGUACCUCAUCGCUGACGCAACAGAACAGCAUCGGCUACACGAGCUCCUCCAACACACCCAACACGGACCGGCGAAGCAGCCGCACCAGCGGCCAAAAGUCGUCCCUCCGCAAGAGCCGCUCGGUCGAGCGUAUCCGGGCGCGCAAGUUGGCCACCUCGAAGAUCAAGGAGCGCCCGAAGAAGUCUUCCUCGGAGGAAGGUGGCGGCUCGGACGACCAAGAGGUGACCUCGGUCGAGGAGAACUCGCCGCAGCAGCAACAUUCGCCGGUGAAGCGGGUGGACAAGUCGAAGUCGAUGUUCAACGGAAUCGGCUACGAGCCGCACCUGAUCGAUACGCUCGAGAAGGACAUGCUGCAGAAGAACCCGAACGUUCAGUGGAACGAUGUGGCCGGGUUGAACGAAGCGAAGGCGAUACUGCAGGAAGCGGUCGUACUGCCGGUGAUCCUGCCGGACUUUUUCCGUGGCAUCCGACGCCCGUGGAAGGGCGUGCUUAUGGUGGGCCCACCAGGUACCGGGAAGACGAUGCUGGCGAAGGCAGUAGCGACCGAGUGUGGUACGACUUUCUUCAACGUUUCGUCCAGCACGCUCACCUCGAAGUACCGGGGCGAGAGUGAGAAGCUGGUGAGGCUGUUGUUCGAGAUGGCCCGCUUCUAUGCGCCCAGUACGAUCUUUAUCGAUGAGAUCGACUCACUGUGUGCCUGUCGGGGCAGCGACUCCGAGCACGAGGCCAGCCGACGCUUCAAGGCAGAGCUGUUGAUACAAAUGGAUGGUCUUAAUGCGGCCAAUGAUGAUAAAGUCAUCAUGGUGCUGGCGGCCACCAACCAUCCCUGGGACAUUGACGAAGCCUUCCGGAGGCGGUUCGAAAAGCGCGUCUACAUUGGUCUUCCGAACGACAACACGCGCAAGGCGCUGCUAGAACUCUGCCUGAAGGGGGUAAACAUAUCGCCCGAUCUCAACACGGACACCAUUACGGAGCAACUCAGCGGCUACACCGGCUCGGACAUAGCCAACGUUUGUCGCGACGCAGCAAUGAUGGCCAUGCGGCGACACAUCAACGGUCUUACCCCGUCGGAGAUUAAGAUGAUACGCCGGGAGGAGGUCGAUCUACCCGUUACUGCUCAGGACUUCCAGGACGCGAUGGUGAAGACGCGCAAAUCGGUUUCGGCGAACGAUGUUGCUCGCUACGAAACGUGGAUGGACGAGUACGGUUCGUGCUAAUGAGCCUACGAUCCUACGAUCCCGAAAAAACAAGCACGGUGUAUGCUCAAAGUUCUCAGCCGCAUGCCAGCAGCAUUGAGCAGCAUUAGAUAAGCAAUUCCCGAUACACUAUUAAUCAAUAGAAUAUGGCAGAUAUUUUGUACGAUAAAAUGGAACCGCAUCGAACGGUUUGGUUCUUGGCUUUUUCAGGACGAAAGAAGGAUUUUUCAUCCAAUCCAAUCAGAAUGUUUUUUUCUUGUGUUAAAUAGAAUUUCGUUGCUUUAUCCCAACGUUCGAUGUUAUUCGAAGUGAGUUU